AAGUGUUCACUCAGUUGAGGUUUGCUGACUGAGAUCUCAGUGAUGUCAGAAGUUGUGGGCUGGACCUCAUAUAUAUGUGUGUAUAUAUAUAUACACGCUUGUGCAGUGGAGUAAGAAGUUGUUUUGUUUCCUGUCUUAGACUACACUGAAGGCAAUAACAAUGACUUCUCUGCAGAGCAUCAUCUUGUUGGUUGUUCUUUGUCUCAGCGACCUUGUUGCAAGUGCAGAUGAGAUCAAAUAUCAAGGUGACAAUAUCACUAUUAAGUGUCCUGCGCCUCCGGAAGGAGCUCUGGGUGUAAAUCUCUACAGCAGACGGGAGAUCAGCCGCAGAGUCAUGUACUUCUUUUUGAAAAACAAGAAAUUAACUAUCCAUCUAGACUUUGAAAAACGUGUUGAAGUGAAAUAUGACAAGACCCUGACAAUAAACAUCAUGAACCUGAAGUCCACAGACACUGGGGCUUUCUGGUGCACAUGCAACAAUCUGUUUGAUUCAUGUACAAUGGGUGACUCGGGUGUUUUUCUUUUAGUGCGCGAUCCACCGAUCAGUCUCGCCUCUUCAACAAGCGCUAGCUCAAAGUCGGGUGGCAUGAAUGACUUGCUGAUCCCAGUGACGGCUCUCACAGUUGGCAGCGUGUUCUUACUGUUACUCCUUGUGGUUGGAUUGUGGCUGGUACCCAAGGUGAGGAAACUAAUCAGAAACAAAGAACAGGAAGUAGAAGAAGAGGAGAAAAGGUGUAACAAUGGAGUGUACGAGGUCAUGACUGUUCCGCGAAGGAUGUAGUGUAUAUGAGACUUAUCAUUAUUCUAACUGUGUGUGUGUGUGUGUAUGAACAAAAAUAUGUUUUUGUACUGUUUUGCAUGUUGCUCAUUCAAUUCUUUCACACCUACUUUAGUUCAGUCUGACUGAGGUUGAUUUUCCGACCUAUUUUUAUUGAAAUUUGGCACCAAGUAAAUCUUUUUAAAUGUCUGACUUUGUUUCAGUAGAAAUUUCAGCUCUCUUCUGUUUUUUUCUAAAUAGAGUUAUAGAGUUGUGUAUUUAUAUUUAAAUUCUUGAGCAUUAAUCAUAAUUGUUUUGACUGUGGAUACUGUGCUUUUGAUUCUCUGUACUGUGUUGGAAUUUGUGUAUUACAUCUUUUGAUGGAAGAAUUUUUGUAUUAUAAAUGUAAAGGUUACCUUUAAACA